AUGGCGGAUUCCCACGAAGACGAACCCAUAUCUGACCAGGAUAAGGUGAGGAUUGCCUCCAACUUUAUUUUGCAUGCGCCCCCAGGAGAGUUCAAUGAAGUUUUCAAUGAUGUGCGAAUGCUGGUCAAUGAAGACAAUCUUCUCAAGGAAGGUGCUUCUGGGGCAUUUGCACAGUACAACAAAGACCAGUUUACUCCAUGCAAAAUAGAUGGUUCUGAAUACCAGGUGCUUAUAACAGAACAUGGUGAUUUAGGCAACAAUCGAUUUCUUGAUCCUCGAUCCAAACAAACUUUCCGUUAUGAUCAUCUACGGAAAGAGGCACAGGAUUUACAACCAGCAGAGAUUGACCAGAAGGCAGAACCCUGGCGAUAUGCUAUAGAGACAGCACUGACCACUUAUGUUUCCGCACAUUAUAAAUAUGGAGUCACCACUGUCUAUGGCAGUAGUGCUGAUGGUAACAUCACCAUCAUUGCGUGCAUAGAAAGUCAUGCCUUUGAGCCAAAGAAUUGGUGGAAUGGAAGAUGGAGGGGCCAGUGGUCGGUUACAUUUCCUGCAUCUGGCGGGUCUGCAGAAGUCAGUGGCUUAUUAAGAGUUCAGGUUCAUUACUAUGAAGAUGGAAACGUGCAAUUAGUCAGUUCCAAAGACAUUAAACAGAGCAUCAAAAUUCAGAAUGAAUCUGAGACGGCCAAGAACUUUGUUCACCUCAUUUCUGAAGCUGAAGGGGAGUAUCAGCGAGCGCUGUCAGAGAACUACCAAACAAUGUCAGACACAACAUUCAAGGCUUUGCGUCGCCAGUUGCCCGUGACGCGAGCUAGAAUAGAUUGGAACAAAAUUUUGGGUUACAAGAUUGGUGGAGACUUAAAAAGUAAUAAAGGAGAGCAGUAUGAUUAG